AUGAAUAUGUCUCCCCCGGACCGAAGAAAAAAUAUACGCGAGCUGUCGUUGGAGAUUGGAAUACGAGUUCUUCUGUUUGCAGUUUUUGUUUUCACAGAAUUCCUAGAGCCUUUUGAGAGAGUCAUCCAACCUGAGGAACUCUGGCUGUAUAAAAACCCCCUGGUGGAGUCUGACCACAUCCCCAAGAGAGUCAUGUUUGCGAUUUCAUUUCUCACCCCUUUGGCUGUAAUUUUGGUGGUGAAGAUUAUCCAGCGGACAAAUAAAACUGAUAUCAGAGAGGCCUGUUUAGCUGUUUCCCUGGCACUGGCCCUCAAUGGUGUCUUCACUAAUACCAUCAAGUUGAUAGUUGGCAGGCCCAGACCUGAUUACUUCCACCGCUGUUUCCCUGAUGGGCAGACAAACACCAAAAUGCUUUGCACUGGACAACAGGAUGUGGUGUCAGAGGGGCGAAAGAGUUUUCCCAGUAGCCAUUCUUCCUUUGCUUUUUCCGGACUGGGCUUUACGUCAUUCUACCUGGCAGGAAAGCUGCAGUGCUUCACAGACGCCGGCCGCGGGCGCAGCUGGCGUCUCUGUGCCAUGGUGCUGCCCCUCUACAGCGCCAUGAUGAUUGCCCUGUCCCGCACCUGUGACUACAAGCACCACUGGCAAGAUGCUGUUGUGGGGGGCCUGAUAGGUUUAGUGUUCGCCUACGUCUGCUACCGGCAGCACUACCCCCCCUUCCUGCACAGAGACUGUCACCUGCCUUACGCCAGCCUGUGCACCGACUCCUGCCCGCACGCCACGGCCCCACAGGACGAGUCUCAACCCACAGACAACGCCAGCAGCCUGCCAUUGGAGGGCCUGACCGAAGGAUCCGUAUGA